CCCCUCCUCCGUCCCCCUCCAGUCACCCUGCCCUCUCACGCAUCCAACAGACGACGACGUGCAAGAUGCUCUCUUCUUCCCCUUCCUCCUUCUCUCCUCCCUUCCUCUCCCCUUCCCCCCCUCUCUCCCCCACUUCUCCGUCUCCUCGCGCCAGGAUCCCUCCACCUCUCUCCGCCACCGCCGCCUCCUGCUCCUACACCUGCGCCGAGGAUCCUCCGAUGCUGCGGCGGCGCGUGUCUCCUAGCGCGUCUCUGUACGAGAUCCUGGAAGUCCCGAUCGGUGCCACGAGCCAGGAGAUCAAGACGGCUUACCGGAGAUUGGCCCGGAUCUGUCACCCUGACGUCGCCGGUAUCGAUCGGAAAAACUCGUCGGCCGACGAGUUCAUAAGGAUCCACGCGGCUUAUUGUACGCUCUCGGAUCCAGAGAAACGAGCCGUUUAUGACCGUCGGAUCCUGCGGCGGAGUCGGCCGUUGACCUCCUCCGGGAUCUCCGGAUUCGGCAGUUACGGCGGGAGAAACUGGGAAACCGAUCAGUGCUGGUAGCGGGUUGUUAUUUUUGAGUAAUCAGAUGUAAAUAGUGGGAUUAGUUUGCUAAUUAAUCAGCUUAGUGUCUCAUUAAUUGCUAAUUACAAGGCCGAUAGACGGAUUGCUAUUAUGCGCCGCUUUACGAGCAAUCUACGCCACAGAUCGUGCCGCGUAGGAUCCACUCGUUUUUCUUUUGGGGAAAAAUUACUACUGUGUAUUAUUGCAGUGUGAUAUCUAUAUGAUAGAUGGUUUAGACA